GCAUGAGUUCAGCUGAAACCACUCAACUUUGCAAUUUCAAACGACUGGAAUUUGACGCAAAGCACUUCAAGUGACUAUUAAGCAGCUCAAAGCACAACCCAUAGUCAUGGCGCAGGUCUCCGCAGAAGCACGAGUCCCUUCCCCACCGCCUCUGAGGGCGGGCAAAGGCAAAGGUCGUCGAUACGACGUCCCUCCACCGCAUGCGCCAAAUCAGCAAUACGCGGUAAUUCCAGAGACGAGCUACAACAAUAAGUUAACGCCAUAUCCAUACGAUUAUAAUGCCUUGCCACCACUAUCUCCGUCUACUCCAAAGGCUGCCCUCAGCCCGAGCCCCAAGCUACUCCAAAAUCAACAAGCCGCAUCGUCUUUUAGCGAGCUGUCUUACCAGUACAGGCCGAUCGAAGAUGCAUCCAUCAGAUUGGUUAGAAUACUGCCGGAGAGAAAAACGAUAAUCAAGUGCGAGGUUAUCCAUGUUUCUCUGGAACAACCUCCUCCUUAUACGGCUAUUUCAUACACCUGGGGAGAUACCGGUGACACUCGGAAGAUCGAGAUUGAAGGUUGUUUGAUCCCGAUAGCUGUCAGCCUCCACGGAGCACUGCAAGCGCUCCGACAAAAGCACUCUUCUGUGCUGGUGUGGGCAGAUGCUCUCUGCAUCAACCAAAAGGACCGAGAUGAGCGGAGUCAGCAGGUUCAACUCAUGCCGUUUAUCUACUCCAAUGCUGAUAACGUCGCAAUCUGGCUUGGUCCGGAAGAAAACGACAGCGCGCAAGCUGUCAGGUUUCUCGAUGCCAUAGCGACUACAGGUGAACCUUUUGAUUCCAGCAAUAUUUCUAAACUGUUAGCAGCUGGCGCCGAAAACGGUGACCUUCUGGCAGUGGUAUCACUCUUUGGGAGGGAGUACUGGAGACGAUUGUGGGUCGUCCAAGAAGUUUUCAACGCGAAAAGAAUAAUGGUUCACUGUGGCUCGACUCGCCUCGAGUGGAAGAAAUAUCAGAGUGCUUCAGUUCUAUUCAGCCAACGUCGAGGAGAGCUUAUCUUCAACAACAAAGACAAACUCAAGAGGAGACUAGUAACUUCACCUGAUCAGUUCAGCUAUGUUCAGACACUCAUCUACCAAGGGCCCGCUAGUCUACCGGAUCUCAAAUUCCACAUGUCGGAUGGCGAAGAGGCUCUUCUACAGGUGUUACGAACUUGUCGCAGAAAGCUCGCAUCUGAUCCUAGAGAUAAAUUGUACGGAAUCCUCGGCGUUUUACCAGCCAGCAUUCGAGACGAGUUCCGCGCGGACUACAAUCUCUCCGUUAAGGAUGUGUACACUGAGAUUGUCGACUUUCUUCUCAAGACGACUGAGAAGCUCGACAUUAUCUGCGAAGCAAUCCACUUCCCUGUUCACACCAGCACCGCCAACCUUCCUACAUUCGUCCCAGACUGGUCACACAUACCGCAAACAUCAGCAAUGGGCUUUAAAUACAAUUUCGCAGCUUCAGGCUCCAGCAAAGCCAUCUGCCGCUUCCGCGACGAACGCCUCAACAAGCUUGAAAUUUCAGGUCUCGAAAUCGAUAUCGUUCAAAGCAAAGGCGUCGUUGUCGGAACGCUUUGUAACCUGGGAGAUUAUCUCAUGGCGUUCCUACACUGGAGAGCGCUACUUCUUCACGCUGUGGAAGGUCGCACCAAGGAGGAAAUACAGAUGGCAGAAGAAUGCUUCGCAGCGACGAUAUGCCUCGGUCAAAUCCCAUCGGAAUAUGACCGAGGUCGAUGGCAGGCAGAGAUCUGCCAUGUCUUUGCGAACCUCUUUCGCGAUCGUCUACCGUACAUCAGGCUCGAUGAGAGACUAGCUCAUUAUUUGAAAACUGCAUCAGAGGUCAAGGCUGAAAUGAGGAGGCAUUUUCUGCAAAUUCAUUUUGGGGAUCGUAUGAUGGGGAGAUGUUUCUGUCUUACACAGAAUCGUCGGCUUGCGAUGGGAUCCGGGUUCAUGCUUGCCGGUGAUAUAAUCGUUGUGCCACUAGGUUGUUCGACGCCGAUAUUGUUGAGAGCAGAGGGGACGCAGGGUGAGUAUAGAUAUGUGGGCGAUAUAUAUAUUGAUGGGUAUAUGUCUGGUAAAGCUGUUGAUCAAUGGCAGGCGGGGAAGCGGCAGUUGAAGAAGUAUGUACUUCACUAAGAUUGAAUAUUCUUGCCGAUGUGUCUUAGCUCCAAAGAGUCCUACGUUAGAAUGUCUGAAUGGUGGGUGAUGUCAGGGUGUCAUGUGGUAAGCCUCGGUCCCCG